AUGCCUAUGUAUCAACCUUCAAAGAGAGAUGGGCUUGUUGGGUUUGAGGGUGGGCGUAUCUUAGAUCUAGACACUGCAGUGAAGAAUGGAGUCUUGGGUGAAGUUGCAGUUGGGGGUUUUGGUGGAGGAGUUGGAGAAAAAAUUGACCUGAAGAAAAUGAUUGAAGAGCUAAAUUUACCUGAAGUUCCAUCAGUGUUUAUUUGUCCCAUUUCUCUUGAACCAAUGCAAGACCCUGUGACUCUUUGCACUGGGCAAACCUAUGAGAAAUCCAACAUUCUCAAAUGGUUCAGCUUGGGGCACUACACUUGUCCCACUACAAUGCAAGAACUUUGGGAUGAUACAGUAACUCCAAACAAGACUCUUUAUCAUUUAAUCUAUACUUGGUUUUCUCAGAAGUAUUUGCAAAAGAAGAAAAGAUCUGAGGAUGCACAGGGAAGGGCAACAGAGCUUCUCAAUACCCUGAAGAAAGCAAAAAGCCAGGCUAGAAUACAAGCCCUCGAGGAACUUCAACAAGUUGUCAAGGAUCAUGUCACCGCUAGAAAGUCAGUGGUUGAUGAAGGUGGAGUAGUUCUUCUUUCAUCUUUACUUGGUCCAUUUACUUCGUAUGCUGUAGGCUCUGAAGUUAUAGCAAUUCUUGUGAACUUGACUCUAAAUUCAGAGGCGAAAACAAAUUUGAUGCAGCCUGCAAAGGUAUCAUCAAUUAUCGAUAUUUUGAACGAAGGAUCUAUUGAAACGAAAGUCAAUUGUGUUAGGUUAAUUGAAAAGCUGAUGGAAGAGAAGGAUUUUGAAGUAGAAAUAGUCUCCAGCCAUAGUUUGUUGGUUGCUUUGAUGAGGCUAGUGCGAGAUAAGAGACGCCCUAAUGGACAUUUGCCCGCUCUGGGUCUUCUCAAAUCAAUUAGCAUGCAUGAUCAAGUUAGGAGUUUGAUUGUGAGCAUUGGUGCUAUUCCUCAAUUGAUGGAACUCUUGUCUGGCUUGAGUCCAGAUAGCUUGGAAUUAGCCCUUUUCAUUUUGGAUGUCGUGUCGUCUGUCCCCGAAGGAAGACAGGCUUUGAAGGAUUGUUCCAACACUAUACCGAAUAUGGUUAAACUACUUAUGAGAGUUUCGGAAAGCUGUACAGAAUAUACACUUUCAAUCUUGUGGUCUGUGUGCAAACUCUCCCCUGAUGAAUGCUCGGCAAUAGCUGUGGAUGCCGGUCUUGCAGCAAAGCUGCUGCUUGUCAUUCAGAGUGGUUGCAGUCCAGUACUGAAGCAGCGUGCCGCUGAGCUUUUGAAGCUGUGCAGUCUGAAUUAUUCAGAUACUAUCUUCAUUUCUAAGUGCAAACUGACCAGAACAAUCCAAUGA